AUGUGGGCUUAUACCAUUGGUUUUACUGUCCUGCCUCACGUUGGAGGUUUCUUUGGCUGGUUCAUUAAUCGAAAAGAAAUACCUGUUUGGUACGAGAAGCUGAAAAAACCUUCAUGGUGUCCACCCCGCAGAAUAUUCCCUGUUGCUUGGACUGUCCUGUACACUGGCAUGGGCUAUGCCUCCUACCUGAUAUGGAAUGACCUGGGUGGCUGCAGCAGCAAAGCUAUCGUCCCACUUGGCCUCUACGGGGCUCAGCUGGCCUUGAACUGGGCUUGGCCUCUCUUCUUCUUUGGUGCACGUAACCUGAAGAUGGCACUGAUCGACAUCCUGUGCUUGGACGGCCUGGUGAUAGGCACGAUGUGCUCCUGGUACCGCAUUAACAAGAUAGCAACGCUGCUGAUGGUGCCUUACCUGGGCUGGCUGGCCAUGGCGACUUGUCUCACAAUCCGCAUCUGGAAGGACAACCCUGAGCAUUUUUUUUAUAAGAGCAGGACAGAAAUGAAGGCAUUUUGUGAAACUAAACUAUGCUGA